AUGCCGCCGAAAAGAAAAGUCCAGUCCCUUGGGCUAGAUAGACGAGUCCGCCCUCGUCAUGACGAAAAGUGGAACCUGGAGCCAGAGUCCGACAACGAGCAAUCCAACGACGACGGAUCGGAGGAAGACGUUGGCAAGCAGGACAGUGAGGACGAGGAUCUGUCAGAAGCUGCACAUGAUGAGGAGUCAGAGUCCGAGUCAGAAGACGAAGCGCCUCCCAAGGUAGACCUCUCCGCGGUCACCUUUGGCGCCCUAGCCCGCGCGCAGGCCUCCAUGCCCGCCACAAACCGACGAGCCAAGAAGAGCCGAAAAUCAGACCCCGACUUCGACGCCGCAGAACCCACCCUGUCCCUCCGCGAGCAAGCCGAAGCGCGCCGGCGCAGCAACCAGAACGCGGGCGCCCGGCCCGGCCGCUCCUCCAAGCACGCCCCGCAGGAGCAGACCUCCAAGAAGCCCGUCUCGCGGCGGCGCGAGAUCCUCGCAGACCCCCGACGCAAGGCGCGCGACCCGCGCUUCGACUCGUUCCUGGGGCCCGUCGACGAGGGCAAGACGCGGCGCGCGUACGCCUUCCUGGACGAGUACCGCGAGAGCGAGAUGGCAGACCUCAGGGCGCAGAUCAGAAAGGCGAAGCGUCCGGCGGACAGGGACGCGCUGAAGCGGCAGCUGCUGUCGAUGGAGUCGAGGAAGAAGGCGCAGAAAAAGGCCGACGAGGCCGGGGCGCUGAUCAAGGAGCACAGGACCAAGGAGAAGGAGCUGGUGGCCCAGGGCAAGCAGCCGUUCUACCUCAAGAAGAGCGCGCAAAAGACGCAGAUCCUGACGAACCGCUUCGCGGAUAUGAGCAAGGGCGAGGUGGAUCGCGCCAUUGAGCGUAAACGGAAAAAGGUGGCGGGCAAGGAGAGGAAGGAGCUGGACAGCCUGGUGCGGGUGCGAGAUCGUGCGUGA